AGUAGACUGGCGGUAAUGAGACACAGGUGAGAAUCAUCAUGCGUUACCUGGCGGUUUGACCCGCCUCCUCUCCGUCUGCAGCUGAUGCUCGACCACGCCCCGCUGCCACACUCCCUAUCUGAGCUAGCCUGAUAAACAUACUCUCCACUCGCUUCAUUGCCUAAGUGAAAACAAAUCAAUGUAUUACAUCAGUAUUAUGAGAUUUUCUUCAUAGAAUAUUUUAGCUAAAUUUAUCAAAUAACAAAUGUGGAUUGCUGCACUAGCUAGCUAGUUGAUUCACCCCACAGCUUCCAGAAACAUAGUUUAGUUAUUAGCUACUGGCAGAUAGAUGCUAGCUAGCAAAGUAAUCUCCAAUCUGGCAGUUUAUCCCAUGCCACCCCGGCUGAGAAUAAGAGGUGUGCAUAUGAGAGAUUUUAAAGGUGUUAGUGCACAUCUUAAGAUACAGAUUUAAUUAAUAUAAUGUAUGCAAAACAGCAAGCCAGGGAUAAAACAAUCAAUCAGCAGCAUGGGAGCUCAAAUCCAAGUGAAAAGCACAGACCGAGCUGCAGUGGUGACUGCGUGGCCUUUAGAUGUUGUCAGGGACACAAUGCCAUUCACGCUACAGGUAUAAUGUGCUCAGGACCACCUGUGCAAGGCAUUUAGCGUGAUCCGAUCACCAAGACACAUUCAACCUGUCGAGAUAAUUACUUAGCACGGACACUGAUUACCUGAUAAGGAUGUUAAUACCAGGUCUGAAAGGGAAAAUGGCCUGGUUUCAUCAUGCUCUGCAAGAAGCAAGCCUACCACAGUCACCUUCCACGAAGAGUCAUACAACGAAUAAUCACGCAUGCCUCGAGCCAAACCCCAGAUCAGCUACGCCGGUAGCUUUAUCCGAGGGCCAAGAUUGGCCUCAGCUCCUCCAGUCCUCCAUCACGUCCUACCCUUCUGCUUCACAAGAAAUGGUCUGCUCGAGAGUGGGAGAGCACCAGCAUACCUCGUCCCUCACUCAGAGUGACGGUCCAGUGCCUCUGUCAUACGUGACUCUCCAGGAACAGCGCUGUGUGCUUAGCUGGUUUCUUGGCUGGGGUCCUUCUCAAAGAGAAUGUUUUCUUCAAGACCUGAUUUCAAAGGCAGUACCAGGAAAGGUUUGCAGCUUAUUGGAGCACCUUAAUAAACUUCAGGUGAAGGACCGGCCUCCCAACAUUUUUGAGUGUCAGCUGAGGCUGUGGACACAGUGGUUUGAUACGUGGACUGAAGAGGAAAGGAAUGCCUUCUUGGCCACCCUGGAAGAGAAGGAUCCAAUGUUUGUAGCUCAGUUCUACAAAGUGCUAGCUAGUACUGCAGGAAGGGACUGAUGGCCUCUGUAUAAAUAAAUUGUUGUUUUUUUUCCCUGCCAUCAUCUAUCACAGCGCAUUCAACCCUGCCCUUCCUCUUAGAUAAGGAAUUCCUCAGUAAACGUUCCUCAGAUUAAUAUCAGUAUGCAGGGUGAUCACCUGAAGGAGACAGCAGAAUGCCGUUCUUUGCUAUUUCCUUAUUCUGUAAUGUCGUUCAGGUGAUCACCCUGCCUACUGAUCUUAGUUCUGAAGAACUUUUACUGAGGAAUUCUUUAUGUAAGGGGAAGAGCAGGGUUGAAUGUGCUGUUAUAAAUGACAGCAUGAAUGAAUAUUGAGGCAUGAUGUCAAAAUAUGAUUAAAGUGAAAGUGUUGCUGAUUUCAUACAUGAAAACAGAAAAUCUCAAUGGUCACAUGUCGAGUGUAUGAUCGCCACAUUGCCUGCGUGGUCUGUAUCUGCUUGAUGCCAGGAAUUGUAUGUUAAUUUACAUUUAAUUAGAACACUGAUUUACACACUCCUCAUAACAAACAGUAUUUUGCUAUUUUUUAAAUUGUAAUAUGACACUGUAAAAUUGGUUUUCAAUUAUUUUGAGUUUACUGUGCACACCACUAUAUCAGCUAAUCACUUGUUAUGUUCAUUUAUGAAGAUGCUGAUAAUUAAAUUAAUAAAAGGCUGAAAAAUGUAUUGUUUGAUGUCAAACAGGGCUGCUGGAGAUUUUUGCAGUUCAUCUCUGCAGUUCAGUCGCAAUUUUCUUGUGGCCAAGAACUGGAAAUUUGUGUAAACAGACACUUUGUGCGUGUAAUGUACACUAUAUCGCCAAAAAUAUGUAGACACGUGACCAUCAUCACACCCAUCUGUGGUUCUUCCCCAAACUGUUGCCACAAAGGUUGAAGCUCACAAUUGUCUAGAAUGUGUUUGUAUCCUGUAGCGUAAAGAUUUCCUCUUUACUGGAACUAAUGGACCCAAACAUGUUCCAGCAUGACAACGCCCCUGUGCACAAGGUCCCUAAAGACAUGUUUUGCAGAGGUUGGUGUGGACGAACUCCAGUGGCCUGGAUUUUUUUUUUAUAACUAUGUAUGUGCGUUAUGUUUUCAGGCCACACUGUUUUUUUCAUUAGUUACACUAGUUUGGGGCUGUAGUGAUGAAUGUAAACCCCUUUAAAAUAAAAUGAACUGGUGAUAAUAGAUGUACACCAUGUUACAGCUAAAUAAACUAUUCUAAAUACA